AAUGAGAUGACUCAGCAGCUACAGGAUGAAUUUGACAGUAGCGUGGAGAAUGCAGAAGCUUGGAUGAAGGCCAUCCAAGAGAGACUGAGGAUCAAUGACAACACCAAUGGACCUCGAUCUGCCCUAGAAGCCAGACUGAGAGAGACUGAGAAAAUACGUGCACUGGAACCAGAAGGCAGCUUGAAAAUGGACUUGAUUCUUGUGAAGGCAGAUGCUGCUCUUCGCAGCAUCAGUGAGGAUAAGAAGCAUGAGGUGCUAUCUAAACUGAAAGACAUUAAAGCCUUGUGGGAAGAGACAGCCAUAUACAUCACUCAUUGUCACAGUCGUAUUGAGUGGGUCUGGCUGCACUGGAGCGAGUACCUGAAAGCCCAAGAUGAGUUUUACGCAUGGAUUCACAACAUGAGGGUGACCUUGGAGCCAGACAUUGAAUUGCAGCUUGGCUUAAAGGAGAAGCAGUGGCAGCUGAGCCAUGCUCAGGUUCUGCUCAAUGAUGUCUUAAAUCAGUCAGUCCUGCUGGAAAGGCUGCUGGAGGAAGCUGCUUCCUUGUUAAGCAGGAUAGGUGACCCCAGCGUUGAUGAGGACGUGCAGAAGAAAAUGAGGGUGGAAUAUGAAGGAAUCAGACAAGAAGCUCAGAACAGAGUGAAACUGCUUGAAACGAUAACCAAGGAACAUGAGCAGUACAGCGCUAAUGUCAACCAGUUUCAAUCGUGGCUGAAUGGUGUGACAGAAAGAUUAAACUGCUGCAUUGGAGAAGCAACAAAGUCUUCAGCAGAGGACAAGUUAACGGCACUGAAGGAAAUUGCCAAAAACAUCAGGAGUGGUGAAAAGAAAUGGAAGCACCUUGAAAAUCAAUGUGCAGAGGUGAUUGAGAAUACCUCUCCACUCGGAGCUGCGAGAUUGAAGGACGAACUUGAAGAGCUAAGAAAAGCCUUGGAGAAGUUGAAACUGCUUAGUAGUGGGGAGGAGGAGAGAUUGCUCAAGAUCCAACAGUCAGAAAGUGCCUAUGAGUCCCAAGUGAGACAAUUAGAAGCAGACAUCCAGGAGCUUAGAAAAGAUCUACAGAGACUACAAAGUGACCUGGACCCUGGGGAAGGGGAAAAGACUGAAGAUGAAUUUAUAACUCUGUGGAAAAAAUGUAAUGCAACAAGAGCAGCUCUGGCUGCAGAAGAGUCCAAGGUUGAGAGGCUGAAGGCUCAGCUUAAGGAACUGCUACGGUUUUCCCAAGAUGUGCAGCCACAUGCUGAGAGUGUUGUGUCUGCAAUACAGCAGUAUCAAAGUGUUAGAAGCAAGACUUCUAAGAUGAGCACUGAUACAGAAACCCAACUGAGAAGACUAUUCCAAAAUCCCCUGGAAAAUUUCGAUCAGUGGAAGCCGUCGGUCCAGAUGCUCCUGGAGACUCCAGAGCCAGAACUGGCUCACAUUGAGACUGCUCUAGCUGAAAGCUCCCAGUUCAAAGAGAAGUUGAUGACAUUACAGCUGAAGAAAGAUUUGCUAAACAAUGUCCUUGGUGAGGAAAAAGCAGAGUCUUUCCUUCAAGAAGUAGCUGAAGCCUCAAAGGAGAGAGAAAUUCUACACAAACGUCUGCUUCAAAGCAAGAGCAAACUCCAGAAUUUGAUAUCGCAACAUAAGAACUUUGAUGCUGGUUUUGCACCUUUGCAGAAGAAACUGUCUGCCAUCAAAGCCAAAUUAGAUCUAGAGAAGGAACCUCAGCCUGACCUCUUGGGUAAAAAGACCCAACUCCAGAGACUCCAGAUGAUCCAAGAUGACUUGGCAGAGCUUGCAAUUCACAUGGAAGAGGUAGAGAAGCUUGUUCAGUCCAAUACCACACACAGGCAUGAAAUGAACCAACUUUCAUCUGACUCUCAAGCCCUGAAGAGGUCACUGGAGAUGAUGAUACAGCAGAGUGAAGACCAUGUUCAGAAGCAUUGGGCGUAUAAUGACAAACUCUCUGACCUCCAGCAGUGGAUCACAGUAACCAUGGAGAAGAUUGACUCCUACCAGGGUGCUGAUGGAGAGCAGAACACAGAGGGCAGGGUAGAAGACCUUGAGAGAUGCCUAGCUGAGUUUCCAGAUAAGGAGAUCCAACUUCAUCUUGUGGAAGCUCAUGGCCAGCUGGUCAUGGAGAAUUCUUCUCCAGAGGAGACUGCCCAUGUCCAGGCAGAGCUGGAUCAGCUGAAGGAGUCAUGGAAAUCACUGAAGGAGAUGGCAACUGGUCUUCUCAAAAAGUGGCAGCCAAGUAGACCAAUGGCUGAUAUGAAGAAAAGAGCACUUGUGGACAGCAGAUGGAUGUCUAGACCUGCCUACCAUGUUUUAGAUGUAGAUCCCAACCGUAAGCAGGAGAAGAUAGGAGAAGGGCAAAAUACAGGCAGCCACUUGAAGCUCCUACACAACUUUGAAGAGUGGCUACAAGGAGAAAAUACCAAACUGACCAAAAUUCUUUCUGGGACUCCAUCUUCCCCAGAGGAAAUCAUGGCACAACGGAACAAACUUGAGGAGCUACAGUCUCGUGUGCCUGAUGGUCAGCAUCAGUUUGAGGACCUUCUUCAUCUUCAUCCUGUCAUUGGAAAUUCUGAAGAUCUGGAGGACCUGCGGUACCGGUGGAUGCUCUACAAAUCCAAACUGAAGGAGUCCAUGAGUUCACCGAUUCCUGGAUCUUGGGCAGAACCAGAGAGAUUCAGAAAGAAGCGCUCUGGAGGCGUGUGCUCAUACCUUCAUCGGGUGUGCUGGGCAGCACUACCACUGCAACUCCUCCUCUUGCUCCUCCUGCUCCUGGCCUUCCUCCUGCCCCUGGCAGAAGAAAGUCGCAGCUGCACACUGUCCAACAACUUCCUUCGGUCCUUCAAUCUGAUGCUGAGAUAUGAGAGGCCACCUCCAACCUAA